UUAAGUAAGGUAUUAUUUAUUUUGUGAAUGUUUCCUCGUAAAAAGUGUGACACCUGACUUUAAUCACCUAUUUAAAAGAGGUUGGACUGUGACAAUCAUUGAGAAAAUGUUUGUACUCUUCUGCAUUAUAAAAAAAUAAAGAAACAGCAGAUGUAAAAAAAAAAAAAAGACUAUUUUACCAGUUUAACCAGUUUACACUGACACAGCCGGUGUCCGUCGGUCUUUGACACCAUUUUCUGGUCACCAUACGAUCCAGCAGAUGGUGUGUUCAAUGACAGAUAGAUUUCCAAUACCUCAUGCUCCACUUAUUGAUUAGAAAAAUAUUUACCAUGUGACCGCUGUGACAGUAAAGACGACUGUGUUGGGUGUCAGGUUGUGGUGAAGCUCCUGUAUUUACUACACCGGCAGACAGACAGACGGUAGAAAUGUAUUUGUAUGUUUAAAGGUCAGUCUGGGUCUAAUAAAGUAAAGUGACAGAUCCAGUCCAUUGGCUUGCUUACAGGGAAAAAGACUAACAAUUAGCUUUGGGAGAGAGUGGCAUGGGAUCAAUGAGCUUACAAACGUCCAGUUAUCAGGAAAACAGAUUGCUGACUGACCAGAUUUCUGUCUGGGAGGAGGAGGAGAGACUGAAAUGAGGCUGGAUAAUUAGGAGAAGCAGGCUGUAUCCCCAAAGGGAAAGAGCAGCGAGCUCCAUGCAUGCAGCUAUUCGCAUCAUCCCUCCGUCUCUAUCUCUUUAAGAGCCCAGAGAAGGAGUGUGUGUUCAGUGUGUGUGAGUGUAUGUGGGGGAGGGGUAUUGGCUGGGGUGGAACAGUCCUGUAAUGAGCAGAUUUUAGAGAGAGAGAGGGAGAGAGAGAGGCCGAAAAACAAGAGAGGACAGAUGACUUGGUGGAAUUGGGAUACAACAACAAUCCAGAUUUUUAGGCGAGCGCUGAAACGGAGAGGACAAAGAGAAAAGGAGAGGAAUAAUUCAUCUCUUCUUCUUCACAUCCUCAUCUCCAGGAGAGGCUCAUCUUUACAUCACAGCAGAGGAGGCAGAGGAGAUAUUCACUCUCCGUUAUGUCUGUCGAGGUGUGUGUGCGAGGCUGAGGCUGUGUGGAUGUGUGUCUCUGAGCCUUGUUUCCAGGCCAUGCUAUACAGAGCUCCAACUUCUCUCAUUUUUUAAUGGCGUACCAGAGCAGCAGCAUCAGCAUCCCCAUCUCCUGUCUCCCCUCUCUGUGUGCCGGUGCGGCAGGGAUGUGUGGAUGCUGUAAUGUCUGAUUGAGCUGAGCUCGGUCACUGCUGCCGCCAGCAACCACCGCCGCCGCCGCCGCUCUGUGGGCCUCUGGGACUGCUGGAAAAGCCUAGGCCUCGCUUGUCUGGAGCGCCCCGCUGCACCGGCUGAGGCGACGGGCCGGCGAGCUCCCCGGCUGCGAGGCUGCGUGGAGCAGGAAGGUGGAGGAGGAAGUGGAGGAGGAGGAGGAUGAGAAGCACUCUGAGCCUGCAUGCCCAUGGGAAGCAGCAUGCACAGCAGCUGCGUUUGUCACUCCAGACCCGUCGCUGAGGCUUAGACUGCUUCUCCAUCGUAAGGCGAUGCUCUUCGGGCCACGUCCUGCCGCUUUUAUAACCAGGAGCUGGUGUUUUGCAUCCUAAACUAACAGGAGAGGGACGGUCGAGGCCCUGCACCUCCAUGCUACCAGAUUCAAACGAGGCCUCCUCCCUCUUUGCUCCUCCUGAGUGAAACCAGGCCCGUGUUUUUUCUGUUUCUUGACAUUCUAAGGAUUUGCCUAAACCUGUUUCAUGCAUGUCCACUGGAGGCAGGUUUGACUUUGAUGACGGGGGGUCGUACUGCGGGGGGUGGGAGCAGGGUAAGGCCCAUGGACGAGGGGUCUGCACGGGGCCCCAGGGUCAGGGCGAGUAUGCGGGCGCCUGGAGCCACGGCUUCGAGGUCCUGGGCGUGUACACGUGGCCCAGCGGGAACAGCUACCAGGGCACCUGGGCGCAGGGCAAGCGGCAUGGCAUCGGGGUGGAGAGCAAGGGCCGCUGGGAGUACAGAGGGGAGUGGACGCAGGGGUUCAAAGGUCGCUACGGGCAGCUGGAGAGCACGGCGAGCGGCGCCCGGUACGAGGGGACGUGGAGCAACGGGCUGCAGGACGGAUACGGCACUGAAACCUACUCUGAUGGAGGGACCUACCAAGGCCAGUGGCUGGGCGGGAUGCGUCAUGGCUAUGGCGUGCGGCAGAGUGUACCGUACGGCAUGGCGGCCAUCAUCAUCUUCCCUCUUCGAACAUCCAUAAACUCCCUCCGCUCCGAGCACAGCCACGGCCCUACGGCUGUGCUGGAGGACGGCACUGCCACCACGCCCACGGACGGGGUGGUGGCCGGGCUGGCAGGGAGCCCUGUGGGCCGGGGCGGGUUCGCUCUGACGGCCCCGAGCGAAGCCGAGCGCCAGAGGAAGAGGAAAGGCCGUUUCCGGCAGUCCAUCCUGAGCGGCCUGAAGCUGCGGCGCUCCGAGUCCAAAAGCUCGCUGGCCAGUCAGCUCAGCAAGCAGAGCUCCUUCUGCAGCGAGGCCGGUAUGAGCACCGUCAGCUCUGCCGCGUCCGACAUCCACUCCAACGCCAGCGAAAGCGAACAGGGUGCCCCCGUGGACGCCACCGUCACUGAGAUGUACGCUGGAGAGUGGCGGAGCGACCAGAGGGCCGGCUGGGGUACGAGCCGGCGCUCGGACGGCCUGCAUUAUGAAGGUGAAUGGUCAGGGAACAAGAGGCACGGAUACGGAUGCACUACCUUCCCUGACGGCACCAAGGAGGAAGGGAAGUACAAGCAGAACGCGUUGGUGAGCGGAAAACGCAAGAACCUGAUCCCACUGAGGGCCAGUAAGAUCAGGGAGAAGGUAGACCGGGCCGUGGAGGCGGCGGAGAAGGCUGCAGACAUCUCCAAGCAGAAAGCAGAGAUCGCCAUGUCAAGGAUGAGUCACGCUCGUGGGAAGGCGGAAGCAGCUGAAAGCGUGGCGCAGAAGGCCACGGAAGAGUGUCGACUGGCCCGGAUCGCUGCCAAAGAGCUCUCUCCCUCCUUCCACAUCUACGGGAACGGGCUCGAAUGUCAGAGGCCCAAGCACCAGGACGCCAAGGACAAAGACCAUGAGGUGAUCUCCACGGGAACAGACAGUCCGGAGCUGUGCACGCCGGACACCACGCCGCCUGUGAUAACACCUGAUCUCAGCCCCGUUCUGAGCGUGCCCGCCUCGCCCCCCCACAGCCCGCCCAAGCACGGCCAUCGCCCCAGAAAUGCUUGCUUCAUGCGCCAGAGCGCCGUGGACGAUCACGGCGGGGCCGAGAUCCAGGUGCUGGUGGAAGGGCGGGGCGUGGAUCUGCCGAGGGGCGGGGCGGCUAACAAUUGGACUGACGACAUGUAUCCAGACCGCGGGGGCAGCAGCCGCUCCACCACGCCCUCCCUUCUGGAGGAGCAGGAGGGCCAAAUUAACGGCCACGAGCAAGCCCCUCUGUCCAACCACAAACCGCGGGAGAAAUCCUCGUCCAAUCACAAGUCGCACGCCUCCUCCUACCGAGCGUGGGAGCACUCCCUGUCCAACCAAAAGCCCUCCAAGCAAGCCUCUUCCAAUCACAAGUCAAGGGAGUACUCGUCCUCUAAUCACAAAACAUGGGAUCAUUCUUCCACCAAUCACAAGGCCUGCGAGCACGCCUCUUCCAACUACAAGCCGCAGGUGCACAUUUUAUCCAAUCACAAGGCCUUGGAACAUAACAUGUCCAAUCACAAGACUUCUGAGCAUGCUUCUUCCAAUCACAAGUCCCAAGAUUAUAUCUCCUCCAAUCACAAUGCAAAGGACCACGUCUCUUCUAGUUACAACCCUCGAGAGCAUGUCUACUCCAACCACCAUCCAAAGCAGCACAACCCGUCCAACCACAAGCUUCACGAGCAUGCUGUAAUCGACCAAAGGCUCGACGGCCUCACCGGGGGCUGGACUGCUGAGAGCACCCUUAGGUGGAGCCCGGCCCACUCGCGCCUCACGGAGCAGGACGAGGAGCGGAUGAAUGACUAUACGGUCGACAUGAGGCUUCAGUGUCCGGACGCGCAGACGUCUCCUCGGGGGCUGGGCCCGGAGUCCCCGGCCCCCAAAAACAACAGGCUGCGGUCCCGAGGGCUUCGGCCGGUCAGAGAGGGAUCCAUGGACUCUGUACAGAUGCUGGACAACCUGAAUGUGGGGGCAGAGCUGGAGGAGUGGCCGCUGCACAGGGACCUCACCCUCUCCCCACCCCUCAAGUCUCAGCCCAUCACUCUGGAGCAGGACGGAGAGCAUCUCACCCUCAAAUCAAACUCAGGCUCCAGCUCUAUUCUGGUGGUUAUGGUCAUUUUACUCAAUAUUGGAGUAGCCAUUCUUUUCAUUCACUUCUUUAUUUAAGCUUAUACAGGUAUGAUCUACUAAGACUUAUUGAUAACUACGGUAUAUUAUAUUAUUACGUACUGAGACGGACAUUCUGCCUAUCGGACUGGAGCCUGCAGCCCGAGCGACGGACACACAGCAGAGCCUUUCUAUUGUUGGUCUUUUCACCUCCGUUGAAGCCCGUUUCAGUUUCUACGAAAGCCCGUUUCCUUUUCAGAAAAAUGCUUACUUUGAGCUUGCAAACCAUAGAAAAAGAAAGUAAGAAAGUAAGUGCAGCUUUAAACUAGCGAGGUGUAUAUCGGGACACACGUGCAUGGGUGUCCAUCAGCUAUGGACUGGAGAUGGCACAGGCAGUUUUGCCCAUUUUUCCAUCACUUCUAUAAGAAUAUAGCAACCCUUGUUUCCUGGUUAUCAUGAGAAACAUGCUAACCAAGAGCACACACUCCAUCCUGAUCCCCUUUUGCCUUUUAACCCGCCCCCCCCCCCCUCUGUCGGCACCUCCCCCCCCCCAUCCACCAGUCUCUAUUCGCACUAUGCGCUACAUACAGAACUAUGCUGCAAGAGUAGAUCCAUUUUAAAGGGCUCCGUCAUUCUUCUUUUCUUUAUUCCACUAUGAACACACACAACCAUUGCAUGAGGCUGUGUGGGGUUUUAAAAAGUGCAUUUUCUAUCCCUUUAACAUCACUGUUCUGUCCUCAUUUGUACGCACUCCAUCCUGGUUGUCACUUCCUGUCGGCAGAGAUUUUGGGGAAAAAAAAAAAUCAGCCGCCACAAUCAAAAAUCACCGAAUCUGACUGAGAUUCAUCAGCGACCAACACACACGAGUCUAAACCUCGAGGAACUUCCUGACUUUAUUGUUAAGUGAAACACAUUCGCACGCAACAAAAAAAAAAAAAAAAAGAUGAACAUACACAUUGAACUGCUGACAUACUGAGGAGGGUUGCCCCUUUGUACAGCCUU